UUCCUCGUUCUCCUCUUCCUUCUGUCAAAGUUAUCAAAAUCUCUUUCCUGGAAAGGACGAGAACAAGUAUCUUAAGAUGUCUUUUCCAUCUUAGGGAUACAAAAUCUUCCCAGCAUCCAACGGGUUCUAUUGUCUUUGGGCAGUGGACAGCUGUGUGGGGAGAGAAAAGACUGCAUGUGUGCCUUGUCUGUAUAGGCUGCUCAGAUGUUCAGUGCUUCUGGCCCAGCCCUGCCUCUGCGUUCUGUAGGGUACGAAAAGGGAGGCAGAAGAGGCUGCCCUGCUGAGUGUGGAGCUGCAGGGGAAAUCAGGAAAAAACAUCACUAGUGCGGUGGUGCGUUCACUCAAAGAGUGUUCCUUCUUGCUGUCAUAUACGGUUCCUUGACUAUCAAGAGUGAGGAAUGUGGCAUUUGUACCUGUGCCACUUGGACCCUGUCCUUACAGGGAGCACAGAAGUAAGAAAAGGAAUUCCAUAGGAUGCAAGUGUUAUCAGUUGGCACAUUUUCGGAGGUGAGGGGUACUAAUGGGACUUGCACGAUGCUGUGAUUGAAAAAAAUGAAGUAGGAAUUGAAUGUGAACAACUCAGCAGGAGGAAGAAGCUGCACUUCAGCUGGGAUCCCUCAACCUUUGCCUGAAGUUGGAGACCCAACAUUUAAGUGCCUUCCCUCUGGUUAAUGGGUCAAUAGGCUCUAAUAUACAUGUGAAAUAAUUUUCUCUCUUGUCUCUUUUUGCUGUCUUCCACUGUGAUAUAACUAAUAUAGGAACAGGGCAACCUAGACAGUUUUUGAUAAAUCCAGCUGUCUUUAUGAUUACUUGGCACCUUGCAGAUAUCAUGAUUUCUCUCAGCCUUUCCUUGCUAUUCCCAUUUUCAUGUAAUUUUCAUAUUCAUAUUAUAUUUUACAUAUAUUAUAUGUAGAAGUUCUAUGAAUUGGUUUCAUUCUAUCACCUUCCCUUAAAAUGUCUACAGCCAUGUCUUGUUUCAUAUCCUUGAUUUAUUAAUCUGGAAUACAUUCAACAGAACUGGAGAACCAAGAGACUGGGCUGCUGCUUCCAGGACUGAGGGUGCAGUAGGAGCACAGCACUGAGCUCUCUGCCCAUGUCCCAUGGCCCCUCAAAGCCAGACCUCACUCCACCCAGGUGGGCCACCCACAGGCAUUUAGUCCACUUAAAAUGGGGCAACCAGAGACAGGGAGCAGAGCCUUGGUGCCCAGGAAGAGAUGGCCAGGGUUGGGAUGCAGCACAAACUGGAGACAGCCAAAGUUUUAGAGCUUCUGGACCAAAAGUGGACACAUGGACACCCUUACCUUUCCUGUCUGCUGAUGCUUGAGUUGCAUGGUCAAGACCCACUGAUGUUCAGCUGGGCACAGAAGGUCAGUAAGCAGAGUGGGUCCUGGGCUCCUGUCUGCACCCACUGAACUGUUAAAGAAUCCAGCUCAUGUUUUCCUUUAUUUAGAGGUUUUUACAUUCUGAUUCCUCUAAGAAGAAGCCUGGGCCAGGCUCAUGACACUUGUUUCUUCAGAGAAUCAAAGUGCACAUGAAACAACAUGAAGAAGUUAACAAUGCCAGCUUGAGAACAUGAAAGGAGAACACAAAUGCUAGAUGUGUGCACUGGAAUAAGAACAUCUUUGGGGCAAUAUCAACUGAGCCAGUUGUUCUGCCAGAUUAUAUGAAAUGAAUUCUAAACCAGGCACAUUUGCACAUACAUGUAUUCCCAGAGCUCUGGGACCCUGGUACAGGAGAAUCACAAUUUCAAGCCUUGUUUGGGCAACUUUGUGAUUUUGUGAUAUCCUGUAAUAAAUUAAAACAAAAUUACAGUUAAAAGGCUGGGGAGUAGAUUAGUGGCUUCAUUCCCCAUUAUUGAGGAAAAAAAACAAAAGCAAGAAAACCAAAAAAAUCCAAAUUCUAGAAUCAGAAUCCUUGGAUUUGUCUCCCAGAAGAAGGGGAAAUACUGAAGAGGAUGGACUGAGAUGUCUGACAGAGACAUGGACAACACUGGCAACCCCAGCAUAAUGACACUGACACUGCAACAGCCUGCAGAGUGUUGGAAGUACUUUGGCAUCCAUGGUUACUCCAUGGGGAAGCGGGAGAGAGUACAGGGAAAAUUAUUCAUGGGGUCAUUGCAGUCUAUCCAAAAAUAUCUUUACUUCUGAUCACUGUGCAGCUUCCUUUAAAAACAAUUCAUAUGAAAGAAAUACUCCAACAAAAACAUAAUCAGCAAAGAAUGGAGGACAUUUAGCAAUAACUGGCCAAAACUUUUCUUGCAGAACAACUAUUAGUAAUAUGCAUGUGGGAAAUUGAGAAAAUGACUUUAGACCCACUGAAGGAAGUGAAGAAUAGCAAUGGUUAUGGAAUUUCUUCACCAAGGAAAAGCCACAGCAUGAAACCAAUACAGCAUGAAGUUCGAAGUGACAAGGAAUCUGAGUUCCUAAGUCAUUUGUCUCAAUUUCCCCUAAGGUAUCGACAUUGGAUGUUUGGUCUCUCUCCACAGUUAUUUCUCUCCAAGGAGUUGUACAGAUAAGUGUCCUACAAAUAGUGCUGAGGGGAUUGAGCUAACAAUUUCUUUCUUUUUUGGUACUUGGGAAAAACUCAAAGCCUUCACAUAGAGCUAUAUCCUCACCUCUUUUUGAAGUUUUUCGUUUAAAGCAGGACCUCACGAAGUCACUGUGUUGCCUGGGCUGAAUUUCACAUUGCAAUGUUCCUAACACGGCCUCCCAAAGUGCUGGGUUUACUCCAUGGUGUUGCCACUGUGACCAGCUUAGAUUCAAAUGUUUUAGCCCAGCGGAUGACCUGUACUUACCAUGCACUAAGUUUCUGUGUUAUCAUUUUCCAAAAUGUUAUUCUUUUCAAGAUUCAGAAUAGAGUAUUUUAGGAUCGUCUACUACACUUUCUUCUCAUGCUAGAAUUGUCAAGGCAAUCCUAGUGGAUUAGUAACUAGGUGGUGAGUGCAGGAAAGGUUAACAUCCACUAUUUAGGCAGAGAAAAAGUGCUUCUGUGACUGCAGUCUGACGGCAUCUGUGGGGAGGUGUAUGGAUGAAUUCAUCCUCUUUUCUCUCCUAAAAGAUCAUCAUAUCUGAAUAUGAGAGAAGAGCUGUGUGUGUGGGUGGUCUUACAAAUAUGAGAGCAGAUCAGUGACAUGAGCUUGCUCUUCUUCCAAUCCCUGCAGAAGCCAUAAUCUUCCUGCCUCUGUCUACUUCAGCGCUGGCCUUCAUUCUUUAUCUGUGCUAUAGCUCUUAGUCCCUGAUUUUUAACAUGUUAACAUUAGUUAGGGGAAAUCACGUCCCAUUUUUCACUUUCAUGGCAUUUGGAGAUACAUUUGCUUUCAUUUUCCCUGCAAAUGACUCUGGAGUUUUGCUUUCUAGGAAAGUUGAAGUGAGAAAUCAAAAACCCAUAUACCUUAAGAACUAUAGGAAAAAUUUGGUGCACCUCCUUUUCCUUUAGCUUAUAUUAAGCUUUAGUUUCUAUUAAGCUGAGGAUGUGGCAGAAAGUAAUAGACAACAGCAAUAAACCUCUGUACAAGCCAGUGAACCUCUGUAUAAAAGAUAAAUCAUAUUUUGGAUUCCACUUAAUUCCAAAAUGAAAAAUCAUGAAUGGCUAAAUGAAAGACAACUGUUACUCUCUCACAAAAGGGGAUGGGGAUCCCCACCUUCCAUUUUCAAAAUGAGUCACAGAAAGAAAAACAAACCAAACAAAUGGAACCACGCUGAGUAAAUGAACAGCCGAAAGUUUCUAGUUUCAGCAGUACUCGUCUUCUAAUGGAAGCUGAUGUCAUACAUGAAUCUCCUGUCCUCAGCUCAGAAACUUCAAGGAUCAUAUCAUUCAACUGUUUACUUGAGAGAUCUGAACACUGAAAGCUGUACUUGGCAAAAUAGUCUUAUGUGAUCACUGAAGAUAAAAACUAUUGUAAUUUCAUAACCUCACUUUCUCAGACAAAGCACACUUUUGCAGUCAGCCUCUGUGGACUGGGAACAAUGGACCAAGUGACUAGGAGGUCACCGCUGAGCGCUAGGGUCCUACAUUCCAACACUCUAGGGAGAAAGGGAAGGAAGGAGGUUUCACUCUGUCAGAAAGAAACAAUUUGUUACUCAGUAGGGAAACAGUAAAGUCGUCAGGAUAUGGUGAACCCAUCGCAGAGGGCAUACAAUGAGUGUGGGCCAAGGAUAGUUUGUUCCCUAGAGCAGGUGUUACCAGAUGUGAGAACCAACUUUGAGUGAGUUACUACUGGGGAAGUAACAUUAUUUUAACGUUAAAUAUAACAUUAACAUAAUAAAAUACUAUUAUUUUAGUGCAUAAUUAGAAUCCAUACAGACAUAUACAUCAGAAAGAACCAAGAUUCAGGCUGGAGUUACAGUUUGAAGACCUCUGCAGACCUCAGUAAGGACAUGGUAGAAAGAGAGGGUGAUGUCUACAGUAAUCUUGAUGUUGUGGCUCCCACGAAGCACAACCAUAUGGCCCUGCAUGAAUGUAUUCUGGUAGGAGAUAAACACCAGAGACACUUAAUUAUCAAUACUCGUCAGCCUUGGUUGUGACAAAAACAGGGAACUACUCUGCUUUCUUCAUUUUAGAAACUUUAUACACCAGGAGUGGAGAAUCCCUAGACAAACAUAGAUACCCAUAAAGCUAUGGGGGCCUAAUUUUCUGUGUGAAGUAAGGAGGGAAAAGAUACCUGGUAGGAUCAAUGUUGUAGUCAUGUUCUGAGAACAAAAAAGAGCAAUAGUUGUACAUAAAAUAUGGUGUGUACCUGUGGAUGCAUGUUCAUAUACAUACACAAACUUCUGUCUGUAGACAACAGGUGCUUCCUGUCAUUUGAUAAAUUUGCAAACCUAUUUGGAUUGGGAUAGUUGCAAUUUACUAGGAAAAUUCACUUUUUAUUACAAAAUUUCUACCUUCACCUAAUGUCAUCUUAGGUCAUACAGAGAAAAAACAAUUGCAAACCAAAGAGGGAAGUGAAAGUGCAACAGAAUAUUGAGAAAAUGAAAAUUGUGCUCCCUAUUUAAAAGCCACGUAUAGCCAGAGUAUCUUCACAGAUGCUCCGAUCCAAGGUUCAGCCAAAGCCAGCUUGUCCAGGCCAGCAGCAUCCUCAUUGCCCCAUGGCCCUCCUGCUCCCUCUGCUGACUGCCCUGGUGCUGGGCUGCUAUGGGCCUGCUGGAUCUGUGGGCUGCGAUCUUCCUCAGAACUCCAUCCUGCUUAGCAAGAAGACCCUUGUGCUGUUGGACCAGAUGAGGAGGCUGUCCACUGUGUUGUGUCUGAAAGACAGAAGGGACUUCCGAUUCCCCCAGGAGAUGGGGACUGGCAACCAGCUCCAGAAGGCCCAGGCCGCAUCUGUCCUCCAUGAGACGCUGCAGCAGAUCCUCAGCCUCUUCCACACAGAGCGUGCCUCUGCUGCUUGGAGCAGAACACUUCUGGACCAGCUUCACACUGCACUCCAUCAGCAGCUGGAAGUCACGGAGAUCUGCCUGGGGCAGGACACUAGUGGAGAAGAAUCCGUUCUGGCAACAGAGGACCCAACCUUGAGGUACAUCAGAAGGACCUUGCGGAGGUACUUCCAGGUCAUCCGUCUCUACCUGGAGGAGAAGAAGUACAGUGACUGUGCCUGGGAAAUUGUCAGGGUGGAAAUCAGGAGAGCUGUUUCUUUCUCAGCAAACUUGCAAGAUAGGUUAAGAGGCAAGGAUGGAGAGGAGUCAGCCUGA